GGAAGACAGGUGCGCACCUACGGAAAUGUGUGGUCACACUCUGAAUUUGACGACGUAGGAUGACAUACGAGAUGACCAUGUUUAGACAUCUACUAUGACCAAAUGUUUCCUUAGGGCAUGGUCCCGAUGAGGUAUGCGUUUCAAUGAGGAACGCAGCUUACCGGUAACAUCUUCCGAUAGAAGAAUGUGUAGCAGGUGUCCAUAGAAUUGAGGUCGUGAGCAGGGGAAGGAGAUAUAACCUGCCAAAAGAGGUAGAGAAAGAAACUGAGCUUCCCUUAAUUGCUAGCUUCUCCAUGAAGCUCACACGCUAGAACCGAUCAGGUUUGACUCUCAACACCCUUUUCGAUUAUACUCGCAUAUCGUAUUACGCAAUACACAUGCUGAUGCACCUGGCGACGAAUACCCAGCGAACCAAAUUGCUUAGAUUUCAUGUCAUCGAAUACAAAGUCGGCUUGCUAAAGAUCAGCUAUCCCACCGGAUAAUCGUACCAACUGACAACGCAUGCAUCGUUGUAACCACACUGAAUAUAUCAAGCCCUUGGGAGCCACAUUCAAGAUGUUUUCAUAUUCACACUCAAUCUCUAAAUCAACUCUCAGUUUCAAGCAACUUCACGAUCAUGUCAGACUAUCAAACACUCAUAGCAGAGUACAAUGAUCAGGCACACGGCUAUGAUGACAUUGCUUUACUUCCAUCAGGCAUCUUAGAAACACAGCUUUUGGCGUUGGCACUCGGGGACUGUACCGGACUCAAGGUAUUGGAUCUAGGCGGUGGCUCUGGACUCAGAGCACGCCAAGUUCUUGAUGCCGGAGCAGAGUCUGUCGACCUCGUAGAUAUAACCCCCGGAAUGUUGCAAGCCGGAGAGGAGAUCGAAGCAUCCCUUGGUCGUGAUAAGAUCAAGUGGAUCGAAGCCGAUUUGACUCAACCACUUGGCAAUCUUAUCAAAGACCAAUAUGACCUUGUCAUGGCGAAUUGGGUCUUUGACCACGCACCCAGCGAGAAAGCUCUUGAGCAGAUGUGGGCCAAUGUUGUGGCGAACCUAAAGCCUGGUGGCCGGUUUGUGGGCGUUAGAAGUGGCGAUCCCAGGGGAAUUGUUCCCACCACCGGCAAAUAUGGCCUCAGAUAUAAAGAUAUAGAGAAUAUUCCUGGAGGAGUAAAGAUGCGAUACGUGCUUCAAUUGAAAACACCACUCGAAUUCGAGGCGACGUUAAUGGAAGUUAGUUAUUCAGGCUCCACAAAGAUGCACGAAGCCUUCGGGCUUGAAGAUAUUAAAACAGAACGCCCUGAGGAUACUGAGAUUGUUCAAAAGGAUCCCGAGUUUUGGAAGAUGUUCUUGGAAAAUCCUGGGUUUGCAGUUGUGAGCGCGAGAAAGCGCCGUGAUGGCUGAAGGAAGGAAAGAUCGAAGCGUUGAAAGGGCUAUUUGGCUUUUACUUUCACUUUUCUUUUCUUUUCUUAUGGCAUUGGACAUUACUACUUUCAUACAUUUAGUACUCAAAUGAAAUGCAAAGUUUGGUUCAUCUCAAAAGCUUUCGGUACCUCUAUUGUUAUUUCUCAGAAAUGUGUAAAAGUUUUUUUGGAUUUCCGAAUUUCGAUGCCAACUUGUUGAAAUGAACAAUGCGGCGUGAAGAUAUAUGGCGUGAUAGUUGGCAAAUGCCCAUAUACUCUCCGAAUGCACAAUAAAUCAGCAAAAAAUCAUCUCAUAUCCUAAUCCAUAAGCGAAAAUUGAGAGGAUCCAAAUUCUACAUUCCAAAUUUUCAUCUACGCGGCCUUUUCCUGGAAUCACAAAUGCAUCUCCGAUUUCUCUCUCUACUCCUACUCCAACAUACCGAAUUGAAAAUCGUUACUGUAAAUGUCUGCUAGCUAAAAUUGCUUCGCAAUACUACCUGUUCA